AUGGCGCUUAAAUUACUCGUGAACGCCAGUCUGCUGGUUAUCCCGAUCGGAGGAAGUCUAGGCGCACUCUUUGGAAUCGAUGCGCACCGAUCAGCCACCGGUCAGGCUCCGCUGUUCUCCGGCGACAGUGAUAGCAGCGGCGGUGGAUCGACUGGGGGAAGCACAGGAGGUGGUUCGGGGGCGGAUGGAAGCACCAGCAACAACGGAAUCACCAACUCGAUGUACUGCCAGGACUCAUACGGUAUCUCACCACCGUCCGAUGGCCAACUCUACACACUUAACCCCAAUCAAUGGGGUCUCCUCUCUACUACGGUCGGCGCAUUGUGUAUGAACGUGACCACCAACAAUAACGAAACCUACCCCACGAAAUACUCCGCUCCUCAGUUCUCCGUCACCUGGAAAUAUGAGGCGGGCCCGGAGACUCAGCCCGUGCACGCUUACCCUAAUAUCAUGGUCGACGGUAUCCUACCCGUCGAAUUGGGCGAAAUGGAGUCGCUCGACCUCGAUUUACAUUGGACCUACGGCGUGGGCAACGAGCCCGUUGAAACCACCGUCGAAUCCACACUAACCGCCGAGACCCUCAACACGAACGUCGCCAUUGAUAUGUUCUUCGACAGCGACAAGGUCACCGCUCAAAACAGUUCUGCCGCCAAGUACGAAGUCAUGAUCUGGUUUGCCAAAUUCGGCGUUGCUACCGACCCCAUUGGAUCCAAGGUCACCAGCAGGGAACUGAACGGCACGGACUUCACUCUUUGGGCUGGUAACAACUCGGCAAAUCAGCACGUCUUCACUUGGAUCGCGGCCGACACAACGGAGCGCUUCGUUGGUGAUAUUAACCAGCUGAUCACCGAUCUCUACUCCCUUUCGGGCUACCUCUACCCAUCAAGCUCUGAUUACCUGGGAGUGUUCUCCUUCGGUACCGAGGCCUUCUACUCAGACUCCAACGUUACCUUCUGGGUCCCCGAAUUCUCCAUCGACAUCACGAAGUCAUGA